GAUCUUGGGCCCUUCCCGGAACUACUGUUCCACCUGGGAAGCUGUAAGCACCUGGAACAGGUAGAACCUGAACUGCUGACUCAGUGAGAGUCAUCAGCGUCCCUUCUGGGGAUUGACCCACGCAGACCCAUGGCCACAGAGACACCCAUGAGCCCCACACCCGCCCAGGCACCUGCCAUCUGCCACCCUCGGAGCUGGUACCACGAGUGGAGCGAUGAGGCUGGGACUGACCCUGCAUGCCCCUCACUUGGACGGAGAGCCCCACAGCAGACUUGCUCACUGUUCCUGGCUGCAUGACCCACUUUGCUGCCAUCACAGCUGGCAGGACCUGUUCCAAACACCUGGCAGGACCUGCUGGCCUCCGCACCUUCCCCCUGCCCUCACUGAAACAGCUGCAGGACCCGCCCUCUCCUGUUGGCCCCACCCGGGGUCCCUCCCUCUUUUUCUCCCGCAAGGCUCCCGAGGCUCCAGACCCAAAGGUCCUGGGGACUCUAACAGCUCAGCCAGUCUGGGCUGCUCACCUGCUCCAAUCAAGUCCAAGAGCCACCCCCCUUGGGCUUCCCACAGCACCAUGAGGGCCUGUGUCCCACUGCUGGUUGCCAUGCUCUGCAGCCUGGCCUGUGCCGGCUUGUAUGCAGCUCCUGGCUCCUGCCAGGGUCGCUGCCGGGAAGCCUUCGACAGACACCAGCCCUGCCACUGCGAUGCCCGCUGCCCGCACUUCAGAAACUGCUGUGAGGAUUUCCAGCGCCUGUGUGAGGCCCAUGAGGGCUUCUCUCGCAGCAGCGAUGCCAUUUCUCGGGAGGAGCUGCGGAGCAUCUCAGAGCGAAUCUACAGGGCCGAUACCAACAAGGCACGCAAGGAAGACAUUGUGCUCAACAGCCAGAUCUGCAUCUCACCCUCGGAGACUGGGGACCGCGUAGACCGUUGCCCUGAGCCGCUCUUCAACUAUGUCAAUGAGGAGCUGUUCUCCAAGCCCACAUAUGCAGCCUUCAUCCAGCUGCUCAAUAACUACCAGCCAGCCACUGGCCACAGGGAGCAUAUGGGCGCCCAGCAGCUGGCCGAGCAGCAGGCCUUCCUGCGUGAGGUCAUGAAGACGGCUAUCAUGAGAGAGCUCUAUGACUUCCUGCUGCAGCAGAACCGCUAUGACUCGGAGCAGGAGCUGGUGGAUGACCUGCACAACAUGUGGUUCGGGCUGUACUCUCGUAGUGGCGAGGAACGGGAUUCCAGCGGCUUUGAGCACGUCUUCUCGGGUGAAAUCAAGAAAGGCAAGGUCACAGGUUUCCAUAACUGGAUCCGCUUCUACCUGCAGGAGAAGGAGGGCCUGGUUGACUACUUCAGCUACGUGUACGAUGGGCCUUGGAAUUCAUACCCAGAUGUACUGGCCCUGCAGUUCAGCUGGGAUGGCUUCUAUAAGGAAGUUGGCUCGGCUUUCAUCGGCAGCAGCCCUGAGUUCGAGUUUGCGUUGUACUCACUGUGCUUCAUCGCCAGGCCAGGCCGAGAGUGCCAGCUAAGCCUGGGUGGACACCCCUUGGCCAUCCAGACAUACACCUGGGACAAGAGUACCUACAGCAACGGCAGGAAGUACAUCGCCACAGCCUACAUCGUGUCCUCCAUGCAGUAGGAAGGCAGGCAGGCAGGCAGCUUGCCAGCCUGAGGUGCACUGGCCUGUGGCCA